AUGUCUCUUAAGGUGAUCCUCGUAGCGUGUGUGGCCGCGGUGGCUCUGGCCGAUCAGGCUCCAGAAUACCCUCAGUACCUUGCUUACGCCGCCCCCAAGUACCCAGCCCCCACACCUUCGUACCCGGCGCCCUCUCCCUACAAAGAGCCCGAAUACCCGACAAAACCUCCCAGGUACAACUACAACUACGGAGUCGCCGACGGUUACUCCGGCGCCAACUUCGCCGCCUCGGAGUCCCGCGACGGCUACAAGACCGAGGGCAGCUACACCGUCGACCUCCCCGACGGCCGCAAGCAGAUCGUCAAGUACGUGGAUAACGGCGACGGUCUCGUAGCUGAGGUCACCUACGAGGGCGAGGCUCAGUACCCCGAGUACACCCCCACCUACAAGCCCACCUACAAGCCCGCUCCCUACCACGCUGCUCCCAAAUAUCCCGUGUACUAAAGCUGUACAUUCACGCACUUUCUUUCCAUUCACAAUUUGUGCCAAAUAGUAAUUAAAACGUUUAGGUUGACACUGCGUG